AUGCCUCUAAAGAGUCGCAACCGGGGAGAAGACACUUUGAGAAAGGCUAGGGGCGACCGUUGGCGGGGUAGACACAUCAGGGGGAGUGGAACGCAUCGGAGAAGAGAUGGAGGAGGAUGUUGGAGUCGGCGGCAUAUCCGUAGAGUGUGCCGGUGGGGUUGCCGAUGGAGGAGAAUUGUUAAAUACAUCGGGGAUUCUACAGGAGAGGCGGUGGUAGAAUUGGCGGUCGGCAGAGGAAGAGAUCUCGAUUGGAAGGGGAAGAAGCAUGGGCUGGCGGAGGAAGUAAUGGUGGUGGGAAUUUUGAUUUUGACGGAGUAG